UGGUCGCGCGGCCGAUCUGGUUCCCGCCAUCUGUCCUUUUCAGUAGGCGAAGGGGAGGCCGGGCUGGGUCAGGCCGAGGCUAGGCCGGUGCGCGGAAUCUGAGGGGGACCUCAGCGGAUGAAGAAGUGGUGAAGGCAGUAGCGAGGAAGAGCGUGGGCCGGCGUGACGAGCAGGCAGCGGGCGCCGCUAUCAUCCUCAUCAGUUUGCAUUUAAAACGUAAAAAACAUUAAAAAUUGUAUGAAAACAUGGCUCCAGUGAAGUUACAUGGACCUAUUCGCAUGCGCAGCCUACAAACUGGGACCACAAAAUGGAAAGAAGGGACAUUUGAGAUUGUGGAUAACGAUAGCAAAGUGACUCUGGUGGUUCACUACAGUGCUGGAGGAAUUCCAAAAAUAUUUCAGCUAAACCAGAAUAUUAAAAAUGUAGUGGUACGACCAAAUAGGGGGAAAUUAAGAUGCUUGAUGAUAACACUGAAGGAUUCCAGUUUCUUGACAGUGGAUAAAAUACCAUCUAAAGAUGCAGAUGAAAUGAGACUGUAUUUGGAGACCAUUCAAAAAAGGUUUCAUACAGCUGCAAAAUCUACCCAAGGAUCUGGCAGUUUUGGUGGUGUCCUAGGUAAUAGAACCACACAGAAGGAUUCUAACAAGCAGUUUCAAUACACUGAAAACCAGACGCCUCCCAAAAAGGGGAUUGUAGAAAAUAAAGAUGAAACUCCACUUCGUAAGGUGCUUGCCAGCCCAGGGAGAGCAUCCCUUAAGAAUUCUCCAGGAACUGGAAUAUCUGGCAAUAGGGUUAACAUUGCAGUUACUCCUGCUGCUUCAACACCUCACAGAACUGGGUUGUUGGAAAACCGUGAAAGAAGGAAAAGGGCACAACCUACUUCAGAAAUAAAUGACGAUUACCCUAAAGAGAAUGAUUCAUCAAGCAAUAACAAAGCUAUGACUGAUCCAGCACGAAAAUUUUUAUGUAGUAGCAGAGACAAGCAGCUGAACUUGAAACAGGCUGAGGAGAACAGGACAUCAGGGGUUUUGCCUUUACAGACUUCAUCAUUUUAUGGGAGCAGAUCAUCUACAAAGGACUAUUCAGCUAGUAAUUCUAAUUUGGACAGAUCUAAUGUGUUGAAUCAGACUCCUUCGGCCAAAAGAAGCUUGGGGUUUCUUUCUCAGCCAGCUCCUCUCUCUGUUAAAAAAAUGAGAUCAAAUCAGGAUUAUAUGGGAUGGAACAAGCCAAGAGUCCCUCUUUCCACUCAUCCACAACAGCAGCUACAAGGAUUUACAAACCUGGGAAAUACCUGUUACAUGAAUGCUAUUUUACAGUCUCUGUUUUCAAUUCAGUCAUUCGCUAAUGAUCUUUUGAAGCAAAAUAUCCCAUGGAAAAAAAUUCCAUUCAAUGCACUUAUCAGACGUUUUGCUCAUCUGCUUGCUAAAAAGGAUAUUUGUAGCCCUGAGGUAAAGAAAGAUUUACUGAAGAAGGUGAAAAAUGCAAUUUCAGCCACUGCAGAGAGAUUCUCUGGUUACAUGCAAAAUGAUGCCCAUGAAUUUUUAAGUCAGUGCUUGGAUCAACUAAAGGAAGACAUGGAGAAGCUGAACAAAACCUGGAAGAGUGAGCCAGUUUCUGGUGAAGACAGCUCAGUAGGACGCGUGUUUGAUGACUUAACAGCUGCCAAAAUUUAUACUUGUCCGGUUAUUACAAACUUGGAGUUUGAGGUUCAGCAUUCUAUCAUAUGUAAAAUGUGUGGUGAAACAGUCACCAAACGGGAACAGUUUAAUGACCUAUCCAUUGACUUGCCACGAAGGAAAAAACUUCUUCCAUCUCGAUCAAUUCAGGAUUCAUUGGAUCUCUUUUUCAGAGCAGAAGAAAUUGAAUAUUCCUGUGAGAAGUGCAAUGGGAAAUCUGCUCUUGUUACACACAAAUUCAGUAGGUUUCCCAGGGUCUUGAUUCUUCAUCUGAAACGAUACAGCUUCAAUGUGGCACUCUCUCUCAAUCACAAAGUUGGACAGCAAGUGAUUAUACCAAGAUUUUUAACCCUGCAAUCUCACUGUACAGAAAGCACAAGACCCCCACUUAUCCUUGGGUGGAGUGCACACUCUGCGAUUUCUCGACCAUUGAAAGUAUCACAAAUGGUGAAUUCCUGUUCUGUAAGCACUUCCACACCGUGUCGGAAGUACUCAUUCAAGUUUAAAGGCCCUGUUCUAAAUGCUGUGGAUUCAGAUAGUGAAGAUGAACCAUUGAAACGCCCUGUUGCAAACAGCCAAAAGCAGUGUGAUUUUCAAAUCAGGGAACAGCAACGAGAGGAACCAGAAAAAGGUUCAAAGAAAAGUAAAACAGAAAGCGAAAAAACUUCAGAGCUGGUGAAUGCUGGAUUUGAUGGAAUGAAUGAGGAUGAGCUUUUUGCUGCAGUUCUGGAAAUUAGUAAGAGGGAAGCAUCGCUUUCGUUGAGCCAUGAUGAAGACAAACCAACAAAUAGUCCAGAUACUGGCUUUGGAGAUGAUGAAAUGCAAGAGUUGCCAGAGAAUCUGGAACCUAUGGAUGUGGAGAAGCCCAAAGCAGCUGCAGACUCAGGAUUUGCCAACUUCACUGAGAUAACUAAGGAUUUUGAUGAGAACAAGGAGAAUAAAACUCCGGAAGGUACUCAGGGGGAGGUCGAUUGGCUGCAACAAUAUGACAUGGAGCGAGAGAGGGAGGAACAGGAGCUACAACAGGCUUUGGCUCAGAGUCUCCAAGAACAACAGGAGGCGCGGGAACAAAAAGAAGAUGAUGACCUCAAGCGAGCCACUGAGUUAAGUCUACAAGAGUUUAACAGCUCUCUUCUGGACAGCAUUGGCUCUGAUGAGGACUCUGGGAAUGAGGAUGUCUUAGAUAUGGAGUACUCAGAAGCAGAAGCUGAAGAACUCAAAAGAAAUGCGGAGACAGGAGAGCUUCCUAAUUCCUAUCGCCUUAUUAGUAUUGUCAGCCAUAUUGGAGAUUCGUCCUCCUCAGGUCACUAUAUUAGUGAUGUAUAUGACAUCCGCAAACAGGCAUGGUUCACAUACAAUGACUUGGAAGUAUCCAGAAUUCAAGAGGCGUCUGUGCAGAGUGACAGAGACCGGAGUGGUUACAUCUUCUUUUAUAUGCACAAGGAGAUAUUUGAUGAAUUGCUAGAAACAGAAAAAAAUACACAACUGCCUUGCACGGAGUUGGGAAAGCCAGUUCGGCAGCCCCUGUGAAGAAUGUCUCCUUUCUCCUGAGCACAAAGGAUUCUGAACUUGCAGGAGUCACAAGCCCCAAAAACUCAGGGUACAGCUGAGACAAACACCUUGGAAUAGGAGGAAUGGACUGUUCCACACCUAUCUUUGAAUUUCAUCUCUGCAGUUUAAACUGCUGUUACCCACUUCCUACGGUCGGGGGGGGGGACUUCUUUAUUUCCCUUUUUAUUUUUAAGUAACUUUGCCAGCAGUGGCAGGCUAAACAGCUUCUUCAGAAACCCAUCAAGGGAGAGCAUGAGAAGAGACUGCAAAUUCAAAUGUUCUCUUAUCACAGGGGAACAGAGAAUAUCCCACUUAGUGUGGCUUCCCCCCCGCCCCUUUCCCACAGAAAUAGCAAUAGCCUGCAAUCUGGCAUGCAUUCAUUGGAAAACUGAAAUGGUUCUAAUGUCCAUCUGCCUUGUUAAACAGGGUGACAAAGCACUGCCAAAACAGAUGAACUUUGACACCCAGAGAUUGGUAAAUGCAGUGUCAUAUAUAGAUCCAGAAAGCAAACCGUUGGUGCUCAGGAACAUGUUGCGUAUGUCAUCUUUACCCAGUUCAUGUUCAUCCAUGUUUAAAAAUGAUAUAUACAUAUAUAUAUAUAUAUAUAUUUUAACUUGAAAGGUUUUUAUUCUUUAUGACUGCAUUCUUUUCUAAGUACUGCCAUUUGCAGGACAACUUUAUUUCACUGAGUUUGUGUGGGUGUAUAUAUAUAAUUGUUGUAUUUCACUGAAGACUGUCCUGAUUGAGCCAAGACAGAGGCAGCUAACAAUGGGAAGUGAAAGCUCUAGCCUUUGACGGUCCUUUUCAAACUGUGCACAGCCAGUGCUAAUCAGCAAAUGGAAUAUGAACAACCGUUCUACAUGUUUAUGCAGCCUUGAGCCUUAAAUAAUUGUAUGGGUUUGAGGGGGGCAGACAUCUUUCACAAGAGUGCUGUCUUGGGCAAGGCUGAAAAACUGAUAGAAGAAACAUUAAAAUGUUUUUAUUUUAGUUGUGUGAUAAAUUCCAUUAAAUCAGUUGGGGAGUAUCAAACAUUUUCAGAGAAGAAAUGUUAAGGUUUUGUUAUCCAGAAUUCAUUUGGAUAAUGUGAUGGUCAUUUUUAGCUGGUUUGAUCAAAUAGGAAGAAGAAAAACCAGAAUUAAUUUAUGCCAGUUUCUCAUUAUAGUGCUGGACACAAGUGUUACCUUGCAUUUUAUUUUUAUGGCAAUCAAAUUGCUAAUAAUGUAGGUGCUUCUUGGUUUGCUCCUAACUCAGGGUUUUCCUUUGAAGAGGUUGUUAACUGGUGUUGAGAAUUUGGAAGGUUCCCCCCCCUUGUUUUGGGGGUAAGAAAUGAAAUCUUGGACUCGAAGACACAAACCACAGAAGUUACUAAAUAGCAGGUAUUACCAGUCAGAGAAGGGUUUUCCUGCCAUGUUUACCAAAUGACAGGUUCUGUUAAGCCAAGCCUACAUGAUCCCUACUAUGUAUAAAUACCUUAACUGUCUAGUUGGUCUGUCAGACAAGGCGAACAAGUCUCCACAGUCACACUCCCAGCAGCAUAUUAUACUAAUUUAUUCUGCCAUUAUACCUUCGUACUGUUGGCAGUCAGAGUUGCUUCAUUGUAUCUUUAGCAAAGGGAUUUUCUUUCAGUAGAGAGAAUCUUAAAACGAGACUCAUGAUUCUGGUGUAGAGCUGCUUUCCUCUCUAACUGUACAAGUGCUAUAAUUAAGCAAUUAUAUAACAGUGACCACACCAUAUUUGAUCAGUGGUGAGAGCAAAAUAGCUGGCAUAUUUAAAGGCAAAACAUCCUAGAGUGAUGAUGCCUCAGUAAAUGAAACCUGGACACUGCAUUUUAAGUGUGUUUCCUCCAGAGUUGAGAACAAUGUUUGGAAGAACUAAGAAAUUUCAAGAAAUUUCAUAUAACAAGCAACAUACUUCACUAAAAUCUGUUCUCAGUUAUUUUUUUCUUUAAGGUGAAAUGUGGUGGCAAAGAAGGAACUAGCACUUUCUCCAGGAUUUAAGUUUAUACAGUGUUCUGUAUUUCAUGGUCUGAUCAAAAUCUGUAGAAUAUUUUUCACCAGGGGCAGACAUUUCUUCACCACACAUCUCACACAACACUUUAACAUGGUAAAACUGCAAGAGCUUAAGCAGUUUUUGUAUAGCCAUUGAGCUGCAUUUAAAACCAAAUAUUAAGGCAUGUGAUUUUUAACAUCUCUUAUAAUAGAUCCUUUUGAGAAUGUUACAGACGUAGAAUGCCUCAGGGGGCCCUGGUAGCUGGUGAUAUUUAGGAUACUGUUACCUGUUGAAUAGAGUUUUCUUUUGGAGCAGUAUGCUAUGAAACAUCCUUGUGCAUCUUCUCAAGUAUACUAUUCUUAACUUUCAAAAGAAUGUAUCAACUAAACAUCCUAGAGUGAUGCCUCAGUAAAUGAAACCUGUAUACCUAACAUCAGAUCUAGUUUGAGCCAGCAUAUUUUAAAUCUUAAGUAUCUUCAUUGGUCUUGCUGUACUGUAUUUACUUUGUGAUAAAGAGAAAUAGCCAUAUAUGUUUUUGCACUAAAUAACUAAAUUCCCCUUCAUUGUUAUUCGUCAAGUCCUCAAAUUCUGUACAUACUUGAAAGUGGCCCAGGGUAGUUUGCUAAGGAAAAAAUCUUAGAGAUCACCAAGCACCUGUUUAAAGAAGAUUACUUCUUAUGAAGAGCCAUGAGCCUUUAAACCCUUAUGGUACAUCUAGGCAUACAAUUAUAUAGCACUGGGCAUCAUUGUUCCUCUCAAAGUUCAGUUUGUGCAUUAAAUUUUCCUUCUCCAACUGGAACUUGAGUCUGAGCAUCCCAUAAGAUGGAGGUAGGGACAAUACUGUAGUAAUUGUUCUCUGUGUUGCAGACUCUCUAAGGUGAUAGAUGGAUUAACAAAAAGCUGUUUGCAUGGGAACCAAGUCAAGAAUGAAAUAAUUAUCUAGAAUUAAAUGAAUUAAUAUUACACUCCAAAUUCAUGGAGGCUGUGUGAUGCCUGUAACAGGCCUUCUGAGAUAAGAUGGAAAGCUAAGAGUUUCUGGAAAAGAACAAUAGGCAUACUUUUAAAUUGCUCUAGUGUGUGGGAUGAACUACCUAAGAAUGAAAAGGGGAGGAGGGGGUCAGCUUCCAAAGGUAGCCUCCUGCAUUCUCCUGUUUCCGCAGUGGGUUAUUCUGUGAAAAUGGGGAAGGGGUUUAUGAAUGAGUUGGAAGGAAUGUUUCUUGACGUGUGUUGGAGGAGGGAGCCAUGGCAUUUAUGUUAGUCACCUUGUGUCUUUCGACACUAAAUGUGGAGCAGCACUUUUCUGUGUUUUAGCAGAUGUGUUCUUAUGUAUUCUUUACAAUUCUGCCUUUUCCCCUUCUUUAAAUGAUGUGUAGAUAGAUUUCAGAGAAAUUAAA